AAUAUCCUGAAUCAAGCAAACAGUCUCGAUCAGAGUACAGAGUUCUGAAGUAUGAUGUGGCAAGGAAAGACUACGGACGGUUGGACUACAACGCGAGGAUUGCACAAAGGAUACACAAAUACCUGGACAAUACGGAUCUACAAGUGCCCGACAUCAUCAUAUAUGACCACGUGUCAUUUAUGGCAAUAGUGCCAACAACCAGAGCUUCUGAUCAACUCAACGAUGAUGAGCAGAUAAUAGAUAUCACGGAAGAUAGCAUGACAAAGCCGCCAGUAGAGAAGAAGGAAAUGAACAGAUGGAUUAGCCUAUGUCUGACAGAUGUCGCACCUAUCAAGAUUCCAAAGAAAGACGAAGUCUUUUAUCUUGCAGAGACAGAAGUUGAAAACUUGAAGAAGGAUUCUCAUGUUAAACGAUUCCUGACAUUUUCCUUCGAAAAUGAAAUAUUUGCUUACGCUGAACAAGCCUUCAAAUAUGUCAGAUCCCGCCUGGUAGAGAAAACGGAAGAACAAGACAAGUUGGAGAUGGUCAACCUAGAGAUACGUUCUCUUCUUGUGCGAAAGCUACCGGAACACGAUACAUCUGCUUUCUGUACACCCGACGAUCAAAUUGACAGGAACAGGUUUCUGUUUCAUUCUACUCGGAAUAUUAAAGAGAAGCUAGACAAUAAAAGUCUGCAGGGUUGUGGUGUCCGGGGAUUUUGCAACACAGUUGAUGGGAUCCUGGUGUUUGUAGUCCAGCCUGAAGAAUGUACUGACAGGACAGAUAUUACCAGUCGUAUUGGAGAGUGUUUGGGGGAAGAAAAAGCGGAAGUAGUGUGGGUCGAAUCCAUUAAGACAUCACACUUAGCCGUAAAUGGUGAUAGACUUACCAACAGGAGAUCACAAAACUGGGGAACCCUGGGCUGUUACGGUAGAAAGAAUGACGAUACAUUGGUAGCCAUCACCGCAGGACAUUGCUCAUCAACAGGAGAUAUACUACAGAUAAAAAAAGACAACAGCUUGGUAGAUUUUGGUGCCUGCACAGAAAGCUACGAUCUAAAUGAUAACGACAUCGCAAUCAUAAAGGCCCCAAAUUUAGGUGGAAAACCCAUUUGA